AUGUCACCGCCUGCACCGCUUCCUACUUCAGUAGUGAUCUGGUUGUACAUCAUAACCUUUAAAGGUACCUCUUUCUAUACCACCGAGUUAUUCCGUCAGAUACAACUGGCAGAACCUUACUCAACGAACACAUCCGCUGGCCGCCGACAGUCCCACGGCACCCUCCAACAGUACUCAUCUACAUCCAUCCUGCAAGCAUGGACUCAGGCAGUCAGCCAUCGUCGCAGCGGAACCUUCGCCAAUCGUGCGACAAGUGUCUAUCGAAGGUACUCGGAAGCAGACAUGCACGAAGCAGCCAGGUGGCUGCUCACGCUGCAGAAACUUAGGUAUCCAAUGUCGCUACUCUGCUCAAAAGCCCACUGGUCGUCCCGAAAGGCAGCACCUCAUAUUUUGAGGCAGCCCGAAGUGUCAAACAGCGGUGCAUCUCAUUUUACGGUAGGCGAUACGAGAAUCUUGCAAACGGACACGAACCUACCUGCACCUACCAGCAUUCAAUUUCUGGAUGAACAUAUUGCAGACCGCGCGGUUCCUGUUCCCAAAUCUUGGGAAGCCGGAACAUCCACUAUGCGUUUCUCCCAAGACACGGGUGGCUGCAGCUGUCUUUCCCGUAUUUACUAUUUUACUAGAGUACUCCGCGCUCUGACAAACGAGGCGGUCCCGAGUGUUACAGUCGUCCGUACUGCUGUUCGAACCGUCCAUGAUGCUCUCAGGUGCAUCUCCUUCUCUCGCUCAAUGAUAAUUUCCCAAGAUCCUAUCGAGAAACUGCGGGCUCUUGGUACCCUCCUUUCGUUAAUCCCUGGUUUCUAUCAUCAACUCCUGAAAAUGAUCGACUGUGAGGCAUUUCUCGCAGUAGCCGAAAGCCGCGGACUUGCAUUCAAACUCGAAGAAAGCGGUGGUUUAUGGGGGUGA